AUGCGGCUUAUCACUGUAUCUUGUUUGUUGUUGAUAUCGUGUUAUGCAGUUUAUGGAGUGAAACAUUUUAAACUUGGUAGAAGCAAAGGGGGUAAUUUAGGAGCACCGGGAGGAUAUAAAGGCGAGCCACUACCUCCGGCGCAAUGGUUCACGCAAAAAUUGGAUCAUUCAAGCCCCUCUGAUUUACGAACAUGGAAACAGCGUUAUUUUGUGAAUGAUAGCUUCUAUGACUUCAAAAACCAAGGACCAGUGUUCCUGAUGAUUGGUGGCGAGGGUCCGGCAGAUGCUAGGUGGAUGGUUAAAGGGGCCUGGAUUGAUUAUGCUAAAAAGUUUAAAGCACUUUGCAUUAAUCUUGAACACCGCUACUAUGGGGAGAGCCAUCCUACAGAAGACAUCAGUAUAAAGAACUUACAGUACCUGUCAUCAUACCAAGCCCUAGCAGAUUUAGCUAAUUUUAUCAAUGCUAUGAAUGACAAAUACAAACUGCGUAGCAAUGUUCGUUGGAUAGCCUUUGGUGGCUCAUACCCUGGCUCAUUGGCAGCCUGGCUACGGCUCAAGUAUCCACACCUUGUAUAUGCUGCUGUGUCCUCCAGUGGUCCUUUGUUAGCCAAAGUUAAUUUUAUGGAAUAUUAUGAGGUGGUUGUUGAUGCUCUGCGUGAAAAAACAGGUGGAGAAGAUUGUGUUGAUGUAUUGAAAAUGGCACACAAGCAAAUUACAACACUUAUGAAUACUAAUCCAAGCAUUGUUGAAAAAGAAUUCAGAGUUUGCAAACCAUUUGCAAGUGCUUCAAGAAAUGAUAUAAGGAAUUUCUACAAUUCCAUUGCUGAUGACUUUGCCGAUUUGGUCCAAUACAAUGAAGACAAUAGGAUCAGUGCAGAUGUUAAAUACAGGAAUCUCACUAUCAAUACAGUGUGUAAUAUGUUCCUGUCUCCUGGGUCUCAACCUGCCUACAAGAAGCUGGCAGCUUUUAAUUCUAUUAUCCUCGACAAAACCAAUCAAACCUGUUUGGACUACAGCUAUGACAAUAUGAUAAAAGAAUUAAGGAAUAUGACUUGGGGAUCAGAAGGAGCACGACAAUGGAUGUACCAAACUUGCACUGAAUUUGGAUUUUAUCAAACAUCCUCAGGGGAAAUUGAAGUGUUUGGUAAUAACUUCACACUUGAUUUCUUUAUACAGCAAUGUGAAGAUAUAUUUGGGAAAAAGUAUAAUUCCGACUUUGUGGAUGCAGCAGCAUCUUGGACUAACAGCAACUACGGUGCUCUCAACAUAGCUGUCUCUAGAGUAGUAUUCGUUCAUGGCUCUGUAGACCCUUGGCAUGCUUUAGGAAUCACUAAAACUCAAGACAAUGAUGCACCAGCAAUUUACAUUAAAGGUACCGCACAUUGUGCUAAUAUGUAUCCGCGAAGUGAGAACGAUUCCAGCGAAUUAAUCGAAGCUCGGCUAGAGAUUGAGCAGUACCUUGCUGGGUGGGUAGGUCAGCCUUAA